AAGCCGAGUGUACCAGGCGCUCGAUAAAGCAAGCUAUACUGUUCGAGCAUAGUGCACUAGACAGACGGCCAAAGCAAGAGACCUCGGACCUGCCAACUUGAUACUUCUCGAGCGACUGGAGAGAUGGAGGAAGACACUCUCCCCAAGUCUUCGGACAAUACGGGUGGAAGGAAGUGGGAUCGAAAUCUUCCGGCGGUGCUCAAUACUGAGCGUGACAAGUUCUCGGUGGUGGCAACUAGCUUGGAGCAGAGCAAAGAUAGACUACCAGGAAUGAGAGUCCAAAUGAAACAAUCACGUCGCGAUGCUGGAAAGAAAGGCCCUCCCACCCUUGUCGCGUACAUGGCGGGGACGGAACCUGGAAAGGACAGACGACUUCUGAAAGGAUUCCGUGAAGGGUUUGAGAAUGAGUCUGAGCGAUUCGAAGAAAAGACCGAGCUGAAGAUUCCUGAUCAUGAAAGGAUUGUCGAUGCUUGUGGCCUGACCUGUGACUGGGAAAAUUGGCACGAGCGGAAAGACGUGACCAGGAACCUGUUGUGCGAUCUUGAAUCUACCAAACCCCCCUUGGAACACGGUCGGAACCGUAAACUCAAUCUGAUAGGAACAUCGAGCAAUCGCAGAAGGUUCCGCGCAUCGAAAGGUUUCACGGGCGAUUAUCGUGGUCGGUAUAACUGUGUUGCAAUGGUGAGAUUCAUAUUAAUGUGGCUCAUCAUCGGCUGCAAGGCCGAAGAAUUAGCUGUGGUAUCGCAUACAAUGAGGACUGCCAAGCCAUGCGCGCGCUCGAAGCGCGAACCAUGUGUGCAUACACAGCGUGUCGUUGCCAAGCGAGAAGGCGCCGCAGGCGCCACGCACGCGAAGCGUGCGGAUUUUCGGGCUGGGGGUUAUGACCUCCCGUAUCGGCCGGAUCGCUCCAAGGCGCUGAGCAGUGCGGAUUUUCGGGCUGGGGGUUAUGACCUCCCGUAUCGGCCGGAUCGCUCCAAGGCGCUGAGCAGUGCGGAUUUUCGGGCUGGGGGUUAUGACCUCCCGUAUCGGCCGGAUCGCUCCAAGGCGCUGAGCAGUGCGGAUUUUCGGGCUGGGGGUUAUGAUCCUCCCUUAGGGUGCAAGGCCUCAGUUGGGAGGGGUGCUGUGUUCGAGUCACAGGUGGGACCGUCCUUUUUGCCCAGAUGGGACCGCUACGCGCUUUGGCAGGAUAACGUCAACGAUGUCCCCAAUCCAUUUACUCGCUUGUAUAAAUCUCGAGCAAGGAUCGUGCUUCAACUAGGCCCUGACUCAAAGGCUCGGGGUGGCGACAUGUACAGCACCGUUCGAUCUGGAGUCAAGGCAUUUCCGUACCCACAGCGGCUUCGAUGGACGUCCGACAUUGAUCAACGACAUGCAGAUGUGCCCUGGCACGAUACGUCUCUGGAUCCUCGACGCACUCCCCGUAACAGACUUCAGGGAACUACAGCAGUUGCUACUGCACCUUAUUACCCCUUCUCCCCACCCCAUCUUUCAGUUAACGGGUCGAAAGUGGGAGAGGAUAGAUUACCACGACAGAAAGGCCAUCAGAACCGGCGCGUCAUCGAUCCGCUCACCUUCCUGCUACACAUGUUUCUUCGGAAACAUGUCGUGGCUACAUGGGAGCACGUCACAUAUAUUGAUUCGUUGAGGUUGUGA